GGAAAAUACGAGCGUAGCAUCAUGUGACAGACUUGUUGGCCUGCCUCUUGUUGUAUCUGGAAGCAAGCAGCGCUGUUUGCCGUUCCUGACCUGUACACCUACUACCUACCCACCUUAGCCUCUUCGGCUCAAGCGGCUGGCAUACGCAAACCAACCCACAAGACACAGAAUGAGUUCCAGCAUCUCAGAAAUGGCCCAGGAAGAUCCACAAUGGGCUUGUAUUCCAGAACUGGCUUCGCAACUGGCAUGCUUGGCCAGUGGAGGUAGUGACUCCGAGGAUACAGUACCAGGACCGGGGCCUUAUUACAAUUGUCUUUCGCAUAAUCCUCGACUCUACACUUUCUCGAGUCAUCUUGUGGAAGCCUUGCUGCAAAACAAGCCUAUUGACAAUGCCUUCAACAUCCACCAGAUACUUUCAAUGCUGACGGAUAACAAACGGAUUGUCCAUGUGCUCGAGAACACUUCGCUACGAUGUCUGGCAUACAUACUACUCACUUCAAAUGUAGAAGAUGGACCGCAAAAUGGGCUUUAUCUCCUACUGGAUGAACCUCAAUCUAUACGAGACUCAGGAUGUAUGGUACAUCAAGCGACAGUACCACAGGCUGGGGAACAGUCACGAUUGCUCCUAGCCAAAUUGAUCCAGAGCCUGUAUCAUAUAUUCGCUACCGAGGAGCAUGUUGUCCGACUACGAAGACUGGCUGGUAAAAUACUAAUCGACAUAAUAUCCGAGUCUGAGCUUAACGGUGCUCUUCUGGUGGAGCAUCAGGAAGUGAAAUUACUUCCAUCUAUUCUCCUUAACGAAGCCGAUGCAAUUUUGAAGGUAUUUGCAACUACCAUCUUGCAUACAUUGCACAAGUCUGGAGUGAGCAUAGACCUGCCCUGGCCCCCGGACAGCACCGAACAGAGAACUACUUUCUUCGAAUGCCUAGGAGUUUAUGGAAAUAGCGUACUACAGCUUUUUCAUGACUUCAACAACGAAGUCAAUCCACUCAGUCAUACGAAAGAGCAGUCCGCAGAGGCUCUUGGGUGCCAUACCAACUCCCGGAAUUGCUUCCUGGUUCAAUCAGUUGACAUUGACGCUAAAGCGCCUCUAAUCGAUGGCACUGUCCUCGUCAUUCCUACCAAAGAUGGCUUAGCUUUCGUGAGAAACCAAACUGAAACAUCUAGAGCACAGCUCGAAUACACCGAAGUUCGUCUUGGGAACAUUUAUCAGCAUGCACAACAGCUUUUAGACAGCUCCAAUAAGAGAAGAUAUCGACUUACUUGUACCCUAUCCCGAUCAAAUCCAAUAUCGUUAAAUGAUAGACGACGGAGUUUCAGCGGCCAUGUGCUUGGCAUAGCCUCUAACAACGAUCUUAGUGAUCUACAGAAGGCAAUCGAGAUUAUUUGCCAGAACCCCAGGGGUUCCCCAAGGCCGAGUACAAACAUUCGAAGAUCUUCCUCUCUUUUGGUGCAGCUGGACACAGGGGAGGAAAUUUCGAAAAAGUCCUCCGGCCUGCAAACGAGUCCACAGGGGAACACGGGCCCGAGAAAAGGAAAGCCUGAGGGGACAUCCGAUGAACCCUCAGAGAACGUAUCACCGGACAUACAGCUAAAUAGCAAAGAGGAUCUGCAUGAUGACACCUUGGAAUACACUCAAUUACAAAAGGGCCAACGAAAUCUUUAUGAAAAAUGCUUCCUGUCUUCCAGCCCUCUGCAAGACCAGCGGGAAGGUCCUGCAUGCAGACUGGCCUCACCCGUUUUAGACACACUGGUGUCCAGGUCGCUGAAAGAUCUACAGACAGGAGGCCGUACUUUGCGUCACGCAGCGAAAGUGCCUAGGCCCAAUGAGCCUGUUAUACUUAAACCCAAAUACAGACCCAAAGAUUCAGCACAUGAUCAGCCACCAAAAGAGGCACCUACACCUCUACAGAAAAAGCCCAGCCGUAAAACUGCACGCGCAACGAAAACUACCACAAGACGUCAGACAAGAAUGACUUCUGGGAAGAGAAGAGGUAAACUGUCAAACACUCAGGAGUCUUUGAUUUUUUCCACGCGACAUCCUAAACAGAAGGUGUAUUCAACCAAUUCUAAACCUGUUGUUGAUUGGUAUGAAGAUCUUCGACCUAGUGACGAGGCAGACAGGUCGAAACAUCAAGAGGCAGAAGUUACUUCGGUCUCCUCACCAAUGCCUGGUGACGGAUGUGUUUUUGAAAAGGGACAGAUCUCUUUGGGUAAGAGAAGGACGGCCCCAGCAAAAAGCAUAUUAUCCAAGAAAGGCGGGCACCCACGCACUAAACGCAAAGGAGGGAAAAAGAACACUAAGGAAACUAUGAAGCCAUCCACAAUUUCCAGAAGGGAAGGCGCAGAAAAUAGUAACCUUGAAACAAAUGAAAUUGAUAUUAAAACAAAGGCUACUGCCAUCGAUUCCAACGAAAACGACAGUUCUCUUGUGUUGGCGUGCAGUGAAUUUCCUUUUAUUCAGGAUGAGAAAGGUAGUGUGGAGGAACAGUCCAUUGAUGAAUCCACAGCCGAGAUCCAGGAAAACGAUUAUCUAUGCUUUGUUGAAAAAUUCCAUACAGAUCACCGAAGGUUCCGAGGUAGGGGGCAUGCAGUUGGAAGCAAAUUGCUUGCAGCCUUUAAACAAGACAAUCUUUCAAGCCCUGAUAGCAAAGAGGAUGCCUUGGAGCAUACGCAAAGGGAAAGCACGCAAGAAGCUCCGAACGAACCUGUUCGAUCAGACGGCUUACUUAUUCGAGGUCCCAAAUCAACUCAUAUGCAUCCAAGCGACAGGACUUUAGUCGAGGACUUACGCUCGGCGGAGCAUGUCGAAGAAGAGUAUAUUAUGGUUGACAAUCAGUCAAUGUCUGGGUCAUCACAUGAGAUCGUCAUGCACGGGUUUCAGGAUGACUUCAAUACAGAGAAUUUGAGCGUCAAACUCAGAAAAAGAGCCAGGAUCUGGGAUUUAGAUGACGGAGAACAAGCAACGGGACUCCAGACAUGCAGUCCCAUCGCAUCGAGGGUCGGGACACAGCGUCCCUUUGGAAACGGUCUAUUCCAGUCGGGCAAUGCAGGCACUAGGGCUGAUCGAGACAUCGGCAUUUUAGGUUCAGCAUUAAAAACCAACAGAAGUCCACUUAUUAUGAGUGAGGAAUCAAGUUUGCCCAGUUCAGGCCAUCUACAGUACAAUGUGAACAGAGAAUAUGUCGAAUCGGGAAGAUUGCUGGCGAGAGAGCCUUCACCGCAUAUUUACAAAGAAAUCGGCCAUCCUACGAAAUAUACUAAACUGACACCGAGAUCCAUCAUUGUCGAUCCUAAUGGAAGCCCGCGACUUCUGUUUGGCGAACGAAAAGAAAGUGUGGUUCGGGAAAUUAUGCCAGUCCGGGAACAUAUACAAACGUCAGUCGAGGAAGGCAAGUCCUCUGUCACCGAAGGAGAUAUAAUUGACAAGGAUCGAGAUACUGUGGCUUAUCUCGAGCAAAUUACCAAUGCAGAGAGUGGGCAUAAUCUAGCCGCGUCAUGCAGGAAAGGCGCCACCCUGUGCAGUAAGGAUAUGUCUGUGUCGCCCAGUGUCCCGAGCAAUUUUAAACAUUCUGAGGACGAGGCCUGCAUGAGUUAUAUCAGUUCGAAGGAGCCCCUUUCCUUAAAGGAGCGCCUCAAGGUAUGCACCGAUGUACACGGAUCUGGGAAGACUUCGCAAGGUCCGAGAAAUGCGGUGCAGCUGGCCCUUAAUGGACGUUUCGCACCAGGAGGCGAGAGCAAGUCCCAGAAUACACAUCGUCCGACAGCACAGGCGAGUCCAUUCCGAAAGUCACCACAAGGCCUGUCGAAGUCAAAGCCCGUCACGUUGAGCGCUGGCGCAGACGGGAGGCCCCAGCAGACAAGCUGGCAGUUAUCUCUGCAAGCAACUAGCGAUCACAUUAUACGCGAAAUAGAGAGCGAGAGAAGGAUGAUUAAUGAUGUCCUGGAGAUAUAUCGGCAAGAUUGCAACCGGGUGCUUGACCAGCUCUUCGAAGCCCAGGAAGAGCGAAUUCGGUUGUGCGAGCAACAGCUGAGAUCCAUCCAGCAACACCACACCGAUGUAUGCCAGGAACUGGUCCACCGCCUCGAGCGCAACGAGCAGCAGGUCCAGCAGAGAAUGCACUUGGGGAAUGCGGCGCCGGGAGAAGCGAAACGAGGCACAUUUUAGCUCCUGAUGCUUUGGUGUCAUGGCGUUUCCAGAGCCCGGCGUCUGAUCAGCACCGUGUCGCAAGGCCGUUCCCAUAAGGUGUCAUUGCAUCGAGCGAUGGCCAUGUACUUGUUCCUUACAGCAAUAUGACUGGCCGUAUCUGCAGAUCGUAUCCGCAUGAGACAAGGGGCAGGAGUGAGAGAGCCGGUAGAUCCUUUCGGACUCCUGCAGCCUCUUGAGUCUGGCUGGGAGUCAUGAAAAGCGGCGU